AUGGGUUCGCAGGAGUCUUUCAAGCGCUACGUUGAGGUCGGCCGUGUCGUCCUCCUCAACAACGGCGAGAACAAGAACAAGAUCGCCGUCAUUGUUGAGAUCAUUGACCAGAACAGGGCCAUGAUCGACGGCCCGUCGACCGGUGUCGCUCGCCAGCCUCUGCGCUACCGUGAGAUGACCCUCACCCCCCUGAAGAUCCAGCUUCCUCUCGCUGCCGGCACCACCGCUGUGAAGAAGGCCUUCGAUGCUUCGGGUGUUGCGGAGAAGUGGGCCAACACCAAGUGGGCCAAGACUCUCCAGGCCCGCGAGACGCGCAAGAACACUACUGACUUCGAGCGCUUCCACGUUCAGGUCCUCAAGAAGCAGCGCCGCCGCAUCCUCGGUGCCGCCGUCAAGAAGGUCCAGGCCUAA